AUGACUACAAACAAUAAUGUACUUCCUUCUUCAGCUAUUGUAGAAGUAGCUUCACCAUUUCAACAAAUACAUUUCUUACUUUUGGCACGAGGUCCGAAAUAUGUUCCAAAAUGUCAAAGUUACUUUAGAUUUCGUACGAUUGAAGAUAUUAUUAUUCGAGAAUAUAAUAGAAUGUCAACAAUUAUCAUGAAAUAUUUAACAGAUAAUUGUGUAUCAGCAUCAGACGAACGAGCAAAAUCAUUCUUCAUUUCGUUGAAAAAUCUUCUUACGAAUCUGUACAUAACCAAAUUAUCUCCAAAAUUAUUUCAUUAUUCUCGACAAGAAUAUAUGUUGACUAAAGAUAUUCAACGUAAAUUGUAUUUAACACGUCAACAAAUUAUCUUACGAAGAACUGAUAAGAGUAAAGUAUUUCAUUUAGGUUCAUAUGAUGAUUAUGAACAGAAAGCAUCUAAUUAUAUGAUCAAAACUUGUGCUUACGAAGAAGUCAUCGAUGGAAAAUGUCCAUUAUCUGAUAAUUUAUCUUCAGUAAUGGACUUACUUGAUAAACUAUUGAAAAGAAAAGCUAUUAAUGUUAAACAACGGUCUACAAUGAUACCUAAUAGAAAUAAAGUUGAAUUAGGACAUCUUUAUUUCUUGCCUAAACCACAUAAAGUAAGAUCAUAA